AUGGAACUGGACCUCGGCCUGGACACAUCGGAGCCAAGCGUCCUCGAAUGGGCGAGAACGCAAGGCGUUUGCGUGAACUAUGAGACAGAAUUACUGCACAUUCGCCAUCUUCAGUCACCACUAGACGAUGAGUUUGGUCGACAUCUUCACGAACCUUCCGAUGCGACCAUCGACACGGCUGUCAGCGGGCUUGUCAAAGAAAAGCUUACGGUGAACAAAGACACUGCGUUGCUCCUCAAGGCAGCACAUGCUCUCCAGGAUGAACUUCCGAGCGACCUGACGGUUACUAAUAGCCGGACGUGGAGGCGCGAUCUACGUCAAGAGCUACCUGUGCUACGAUCUGAUCAUGAGCUUGAUUUGCUCAACUUCGGUGGUACAGUUGUGCCAGACUUCAAGAAUUUACAGAUUCCUUCGGAGAUCACGGUAGAAGAAAACGAUGAGGGCUUAGGAUGGCCAGCGAGGUAUCUCGACUACCCUGCACAGUGCGACGCGCAGGUCAAAGUCGAAAAGCUCGCCAUCUCACGGGAGGUGUUGGUUUAUCUCCAGGACACUAUUCGAGACGCGUAUGUACCGGAAGACGGCCAAAGGCUGGAGGCAGAGAGCCUGAUACGAAAACAGGCUCUGCAGGAGCAAAUUCUGGCAGCGGACGUUCUUUUUCGCACAAACUCGAGUAGCAGUGAUUCGAUGCUAUUUGAUCUUACUCAUCCAUCUCAAUUUAAUCCUGAUUUCGAACCAACCAGUUCGCCCAUACUGAAGCGCCGAGCUGAGGAUCUCAAAGUGGAAGGUCCUCUUACGCCAUUGAUGUGUUCUAGUUCGCCCAUGAAAAGGCUCAAAUCUGUGUCUUUCGCGGACGAAUCCUUACUCUACAAGCCAUGGGGUGAGGAUGAUGAAGGUGGGGCUGGCUCUGACCAAUUCUUCCACGAAAUCGAGGAGCAGGCUGAGCGCGCCAACGAGAAAAUCGAAAACGAACGACUGUCCGGCGCUGACACGAUUGCAAGAGUCGAUAUUCCAUACAUGGACUUCUCGCUGCCCAUGGCACCAUGGAUAGAGUACAGUCGGCGCAAGGGUGGCGACCAUCGACCUGAUGACACGGAACUGCAAGCGCAGAUGCAAUUCCUCUUACGCAUCAAGCGAGAGGAUCUGAGGUUGGCGAAGUCCUGGCAUGGGCUUUCGAUCCCGGAACGAGAGAUGAAGUGGGGCUUUCUCACUACCAAGGUGUCUACUCUCAGUCUCGAAGAAAAGCUACAUGGCGAGUCCGAAGUUACUAAGAUCGUCGCUGAACUGACUACGGGCGAUGUCGCGACUAGCUCAGCGCAAGUGUGGAAACGCGAAGGCCUGCGUAUCCUUGACGAAGAUGAGGACGAGGAAGAUCUGGAUCCAGAGGAAUACGAUAAGCAAAACGACAUGGAGGCUCUGAUACGCAAGCGAAAACUUGAAAUGGAAGAAGAGGUCAUGGAGAAGCAUCGCAGGUGCACCUCUUCGCAGCCUACUGUGCGUCCACAAAUCCGAUCCUCCACAGAGAUGCAAGAGAGCCACCACUUCGGAGAACGCGAGCCAACAGAAGACCAGACGGCGAAGACCCGAUCGAAGAGGCUGAACCAUGCCUCUCAGAAACCGCAAGCUGCUAAACAAGCGACUGGAGACCUGAUGUUUGGUGGGUUCUCGGCAACAACCGCGCUUAACAAGUUCAUGCAGACGCGAGGGAAGCCAGUAGACCGCGUAGAAAGCAGUACUGCAAAAGUGUCCGAAUCUAGGGAUUACGCUCAACCGAGGACGCACACUUUACCGGUUCGAUCAAGGGGGUCUUCAUCCGACCAGCCAGUGGAUCAGGCUCAGCAGGCGCAAACCACCAACAAGCCGUUACCCAUGCUCCCCACUGUUCCGGAUAACAUGGCGCCUUGUUCUUUCGUGAUCUCAUCAACCUUCCUACAACAAAGGGGAAUGUUGAAACUGAUCGAAUCCAUCUAUCCAAGCGCAGAGAUGGUAUAUCGAGAUUAUACUUUACCGCACUCGGCAGCCAAAGAAGCUGAAAUCAUACUGUCACCAUCAACCGGCCUCAUCUUUACCACUUUACAGCAGGUCAAACAAAGAGCUCUCCCUGGUCAACCAGAAAGAUCGCCAGUGAAAGAACGCAUGUUGAAGCUCCAGUUGCGGUACGAGAGACUGGUAGUGCUGGUGAGUGAAGGUCUAAGCCGCGAGAUGGAAGAGCUGGGAUCGAGCCGACCAGAUGACCCGCGAGAUUCAGAAGCUCUGAAAGCUUUCGAUUUGUUCGCCAGCAAAUUAGAAGGCGAAGUACUUGUUCGAUAUGUUCGUGGAGGGGAACAGGCUCUGGCGCGGGCCACUGUUGUUGAGAUGGCAAACUACGGACUGCCAUAUGGCUCAGCAGACAUUGGCGACAUCAAGCCUGUGGCGCAAGAGACAAGCUGGGAAGUCUUUCUCCGUCGAGUCGGCCUCAACCCAUUCGCUGCUCAAGUGAUCAUGGCAUGGCUCCGCAAGCCCUUGAACAUGCCGAUAGCUCCUUCUUCAACCCAUCACGCGAAGACUGUCUCAGCAUUUGGUCUCGCCCGCUUCUUACUAAUGAUUGAAGAGGAUCGAAUCCAUUCAUUCCAAGCUUUGAUGGGUGGAUAUCGCGUUCUGAUGAGAGUCAGCGAACUAAUUGACCAACGAUGGGUCAGCGCUGUGCAUGGGUUUAGGAUGUGA